AUGAAAUAUAAGGUGAAGGAUAUCGACAGCGAGAGUCAGCGCUCAACGAGACUGCCCGACACCGCCAGCGGGUUAGAAGAGAAGCUAGAGCGCACAGUGCGAUGUUCUUCCGUCCUCAUCGUCGCGCUAGGGGUGUCACUGAUCGCGCUCGGCGUGUACACCACGGUGUUGGUGCUCACCGAAUAUAAGAGCCCUCGACCCUGCCUAAGCGAAGUCUGCGUUGGAACAGGUAACACAUCACAGUUUCAUGCUACUUGCCGAUUAGAACACUUGUCCUUCAAAAUGGAUCCAAUUUGGAAAUAUCUGAUAUAUCUAACUUUAAUUAUUGCUGUAUCUGGCUCUCCUGUAUCCAAGUUAGAGGAGGAGCAACCCUGCUUUACUCAGCAGUGCACUGAAACCGCAUCAAGAGUCCUCGCUGCUUUGAACAAAAGCGUUGAUCCUUGCGAGGAUUUCUACGAGUUUGCGUGCGGCGGGUGGAUAGAGAAGAACCCGGUCCCGGAGUGGGCGACGUCCUGGGACCAGUUGUCCGUUCUUCGGGAGCGUCUCACGCUUGACCUAAGAGAACUGCUGGAAGAUGAGCAAAAUAAAGACCUGCCUAAGAGUGUGCUGAAGGCAAAAGCUAUGUAUCGCACUUGUGUUGAUGUUGAUAAACUAGAAGAAAAUGGCGUCAAACCGAUCGAAGAUCUUCUAAUUAGUCUUGGCCUACCGAAAACGCCACCAACUACAGCGAGUCCUAACUUCACGUGGGUUGAUAUCGCAGGGCGAAGCCGUCGUAAGCUUGGGCUCAGCGUUCUCCUGAGCCUGCAAGUUGCUGAAGAUGUAAGAAAUACUAGCAGAAAUAGAGUAGUGUUGGAGCAAGUGAUGCCCGGCUUCUCAGACCGCUACCUACGAGAGCCAGAACAAUUCGCACAUGAACUGUCGGAAUACCACAAAUACGUCAAGGCCAUGAUCGCCAUCGCAGAUCCUGAAACGGACGCGCAAACAUUUGCAGAUGAUAUAUUGAACUUCAGCAAGGAGUUAGCUUUGAUCAUGACGCCGGUGGAGGUGCGCCGCGGCGGCACGCACCUGUUCCACGAGGUCAGCGUGGCGCAGUUCGUGCAGGGCUCCGGCAACACCACGCACUGGGUGCAGCACGACUGGCAAAAGUACAUAGACUUAGUGUUCGCGGAGAGCAACGUGACGCUGGACCAGAAUCUGGACCGGAUCAUCGUGAUGGACCUGCCCUACCUGCAGAAGCUCGCCACCUUGCUGGCCGAGGCCAAGCCGGUCACCGUCGAGAAGUUCCUCUGGUGGAGCGUGUUCUCGACGGUGGCGCCGAUGACGCUGCGCGGGUUCCGCGAGCUCGGGUUCUCGUUCUCGCGCGCCGUGUUCGGGCUGCAGCAGCGCACGCCGCGCUGGAAGAGCUGCGCCGCCAACGUCAACGCCAACUUCGGCGUCGCGCUCAGCUUCCUGUACGUGCGGCGCCACUUCGACGUCAGCGCGCAGCGCCGCGCCGUGGAGAUGAUCGAGGACGUGCGCGCCGCCUUCGCGGCCGAGGCGGCGCGCCUGCGCUGGAUGGACGAGCCCACGCGCGCCACCGCGCUGCGCAAGCUCGCCGCCAUACGCACCUUCGUGGGCUUCCCCGCCUGGCUCAUGGACCGCCGCCGGCUCGACAAGCAUUAUGAGCAUGUCGAUAUAAUAGAGGGCGACUUGUUCGCGUCCUACCUCAAACUAACGUGGGCGAUGGUGAAGAAAUCCUUGGAGUCGCUCCGAGAAAAACCUGACAGAGACAGAUGGGUCGCCACCGCUACAACUGUGAACGCAUUUUACUCAGCAACACUCAAUUCAGUUACGUUCCCAGCCGGCAUACUACAACCACCGUUCUAUGGAAAUGGAAUUGAAGCCAUCAACUACGGGUCUAUUGGCGCUAUAAUGGGGCACGAAAUCACACACGGGUUUGAUGAUCAAGGGCGGCGCUACGACGAGCACGGCAACCUGGCGCAGUGGUGGUCGCGCGGCACGCUGCAGCAGUACGCGGCGCGCGUGCGCUGCAUCGUGCGCCAGUACGCCGGCUACGCGCUGCCGCAGCUGCCCGGCUACAAGGUGCACGGGUUCAACACGCAGGGUGAGAACAUCGCGGACAACGGCGGGCUGCGCGCCGCGCUCGCCGCGUACGAGCUGGCGGCGGCGCGGCGGCCGGCGACGCGGCGCGCCGUGCUGCCCGGCCUGCCGCACUACACGCCGCACCAGCUGUUCUUCCUCGGCUUCGCACAGAUAUGGUGCGGCAAUUCAACCAUCGGCGCUCUUAAAUCCAAAAUGGUGGAAGGUGUGCACAGUCCGAACAAAAUUAGAGUUAUUGGUACAUUAAGUAAUUCAAAGGAAUUCUCCGAGGCUUGGCAGUGUCCACUUGGAUCUCCGAUGAAUCCUGAACACAAGUGUGUACUGUGG